UAUGCAGCCAUUUCGAUUUCUCUCAGUGUGCAUGCCGGUGGUGCGUUGAUUGAAUACUUGACAACUUAUUGUUGUAAAACGAAUUGCUGCUAAAAAAUGGUACGGUUAACGGUGGACAUUGUUCAAGGAGCUGCUCAAUACAUUAAUCCAGUAAAAGAGCGGGAGCUGGAUUUGAGAGGCUACCGUCUACCCGAAAUUGAGAAUCUGGGAGCAACGUUGGAUCAGUUCGACACAAUUGACUUUUCUGACAACGACAUUCGCAAGUUGGAAGGGUUUCCGUUUCUCAAACGGAUCAAGAGCCUUUUAUUUAAUAACAACAGAAUAUGUCGAAUUACGGAAAACCUCGAAGAACAGCUUCCUUCGCUUGAGUCGUUAAUUAUGACGAAUAACCAAAUUCAGAACUUAGGAGAUCUUGAUUCAUUGGCAACAGUCAAGUCUCUCAGGUAUCUAAGCGUCCUUAAAAAUCCUGUGGCGUUAAAGAAGCAUUACCGUCUCUACAUUGUGCACAAGAUCCCGCAAUUGCGCAUUCUCGAUUUCAAACGAAUUAAAAUGACAGAGCGUGAUGAAGCACGCAAGAUGUUCAAGGGCAAAAAAGGUGAGGCUUUCGCAAAGGAAAUUGGCCUGAAGUCUGCCCCGGAGAAAGCCAAAACAUUCGUGCCUGGAGAACCCGCAAAGCUUGAGAACACUUUCGCUAUGACGCCGGAGGAUCAGCAAGCAAUUAAGGAAGCGAUUGGCAAGGCGACAACGCUGGACGAGAUCGAAAGAUUAACGCAGCUGCUUCGUAGCGGACAGCUGCCAAAUAAAACAAACGAAUCACUUAACGGAAAAAAAAGCGAAAAUACCGAAGAAGUUGAAGAGGAUGAGGGGGACAACGAAAUGGAGACCUAAAUCUCUGACUAGCAAGUGAAGAAUAUAGGAAAUCCUAUGCACACAAUUUACACCUUUACACAUACACACGAAUUGCUACAGACACUUGAAAGACGUAGGUUUUAUAUUUGGUGAGAGGCUUUGUGCAAUGAAUGAUUUUUCGGUUAUCCUAAUUUAACGAUUUGUCUUCGCUGAAAGCGUACCAAAGACAGAAUUUCGCAUAAUUUCAGCUGAACGUAGACGCUCAUAUUCAGAAUUUGAUGAAUGUGGACUUAAGGAUUUAUACUCAGAGCAAAAUAUAUUUUUAUUAAUGACGAAAUUUUCAAUUUUUGAUUAGACAUUGAACUCUUUCAAUCGAAAAAAAUGAACUCGUUGAUAUCGCCAUUUCCCUUUGUAAUUAAAAGUUAGGAGGUGAAAUAUUCACAAAUGUCUAACGAUCUAGCCCCCUGGCAUGCUAAAUGAGCAAAUAUGGAAAGGAAAAUUUAAGUUGGGACAUGGCUAGGGAGAGCUGUAUCACAUACUACAUGUUUUUCUUAGACUUCUUUCAGGAGGUUUUUUUAGUUUGGUUUUGAUUUACUGAGGCAACAUGUAAAUGCGGUCUACUCACCAAUACCAAUAUUUAAGUAAUUUCGACGUAAAUUUUGUCUGGGACUAUAUACCUAAGAUUAUUUCUGAAUUAACGAAGAAUAAAUCUACGUUGAACGGUCAUACAGCAUACAUAUUCCGACAACAGGGUACACUCUUACAGUAUACAGUACAUAAAUACACUAUGUUUAGUCUGUAAAUAUAUAGAUAUAUUAUAGAUAGACAAAGCUAUUGACGUGAGUGGGCGCUAUUUUUUCAAUGGUCGUUCCCAGGAAUGGCGAUUACAAACGGAGGGGCGGGUUUCCGAACAAACGAUGGGAAAAUAUUUUUGCAUAUAAGCCGUUUGUAAACGAUUGACUAACCAAUGAAAGCGAGCUAGUUUAAACAGUUAAAUAUGGUCGAAAUAAAUAUUACAUAUAAAAAUCCAG